GCCUUUUUUUCCUCCUCGCCUUCUUCCUACAUGAGUCAGUCCUCCUGACUUCUCUCCGCUCUGCCGCACACCAGCUGAUAAGUACCGCUCAUUUAGUUUGGACUCCUCUCUACUUGUUAGCGUUCUAGGAGCCUCGCAGUGCCGCUGGAGGGUCAUGAACGUAGAGAACACGCCAAGAUUGGAUCUACUUCGACAGAACAUCUACUGGCUACAUCGCUAACUGUUGGGUGGGAUAUCUUGUUGGCAAAAUGCGAGUCAUGCUUCUUCUGCUGCUCCUGCUGUUUAUCAGCCUGGAAACUUCAGUGCAACAGACUAUGCCACCCGGUCGCUGUGAUAUAGAUCAAAGGAUUGAUCUGUACACCGAGUGCACUUCCUGUGCUGCUGCCAUCACCAGCAGCUGCCCAAAAGGGUUCACUAAAGAGGGCACACAACAUUGCAGCUAUGUGGUGGAGAUUGGUGGCAAAAAGGAGGUGCUGAAGGGGUGUUACCACCUCUGUGCGAAAAGCUUCCUGCAGCCCAGAUGCUGUCCAGAACGCUGGGGAACUCUCUGUCUGGAGUGUCCCAAGUGGUCUGGAAAGACCUGCAACCUCCAUGGAACCUGUCAGCAAGGAGACACUGGUAACGGGACCUGUGUCUGUGAUAAUGGCUUCUCUGGAUUCGCCUGCCACGAAUGUAAAAAUCCAAAAGCUUACGGAGAGAACUGUGACAAAGAGUGUGACUGUGUACACGGAGUGUGUAACAAGGGUCCUGACGGGGACGGACAGUGUUUGUGUCAGCCGCCAUACUUCGGGAAGCGCUGUGAUCAAGUGACUUCCAGCUGCAAAAGCUGCAGUCCAUACUCUUACUGCAAAGGAGAGGGGGAUGCUGCUGUGUGUGAGUGUUUACCUGGAUACCGGAGGACGCCACAGAACAAAUGUGCAAGCGUCUGCUCCGGCAGAGACUGUGGCGAUAACGCCCAGUGUUCUGCCACUGGCUCCAAGAUCACAUGCUCCUGUAAAGCAGAUUAUGAGGGGGAUGGAAGAAUCUGUGUCCCCAAAAACCCUUGUACCAUAAACAAUGGCGGGUGUCCGGACCAAUUCACCGUUUGUGUCUUUAAAGGACCCAACAAGUCCAGCUGUGAGUGCGUGUUGGGCACGGCUCCUGUGAACGGGGACCCCAUGAUGGGGUGCGAACCCAUCGUAGCCUGCACCACUGACACUUGUCACCCAUCUGCCACCUGCACGACUGGGGUGGACGGAGAAGCCAGGUGUACAUGUGAGGGGUCUCAGAUUGGCGAUGGCAAGCGUUGCUAUGGAAACCUGAUGGCGGAACUGAUUACGCUGGACAGAAGUGGGAGCCACAGAGAAAAGCUGACUGGAGCAGUUGCCUUAUUCAUGAAGGGAUGCUUCCUCAUCCUGAGUCACGCUGGACCCUUCACAGUUUUCAUACCGCUGCUGAAAACUCCUCUGACUGGGAUAAACGAGGACCAGGUCUGUAAAAACCACCUGCUCCGGGGCCAGUACCUCUAUAAGGACCUGGAGGGGAAGGACUUCAUCCUGUACAAUGGACUCAGACUGAGGAGUAAAGACAAUAAGAAGUUCAUCGUGAAGGAAAAUCCUCAGCGAGUGUACACCAUCGUCCAGCAGGACCUCCCAGCUGCUAACGGCAUCAUCCACAUCAUUGACCUGCCCAUCACUAACACACUUCCUGACCAGCCCACGAAAGAUGAUCAAUUUGCUGACAAAACUAUUGGAGAAAUUCUGGCUAAGGAUGGGAGGUUCAACCGUUUUCUGUCACUUGCAGAUAACUGUGGGGCUCCUCUUCCGUUCCGUGGUCCAGGACCUUUGACAGUGUUUGUCCCCACCAACCAGGCAGUGGACAAGGCCAGAGAUGGAAGCAUUCUCUACAUGUUGAAUGAUGCCAAGUAUAAACUCCAAGAGCUUCUCAGGAACCACAUUUACUCCCAGGCUGUGCUAACUGUGGACGAGUUGACCACCCUUCCUCGCAUUCAAACGAUGGCCAACCAAAUAGUGACCGUCAAUGUUUCUGACAAAGGUGAGAUCGUUUUGGGCGAGAAGGGAAUCCGUCUGACAAGCACCAACAUCAUUGCAUCCAACGGAGUCAUCCACUUGAUUGACGGGCUUCUGUACCCGGCAUCCAUCCUCCCCAUCCUACCUCAUCGCUGCGAUGUCACGGAGAGCAAGAUCACGGUGGGUCCGUGUGUCCACUGCAGCUACUUGUACACCACCAACUGUCCAGAAGGCAGCAUCGAAUUGGACAAUCAUCUGACUGGCUGCGACUACGUUGUUUAUCCUCUGAAGAGCCUCUCGGAAGGCUGCGCUAAAUACUGCAACGUUACCAAAAAGAGAGCAGAGUGCUGCCGAGGGUUCUACGGUCCAGACUGUAAACCAUGUAUCGGAGGAUUCCAGCAUCCGUGCUAUGACAAAGGAGCGUGCUUGGAUGGUAUCCUUGGAAACGGAUCCUGCAGUUGUCGGCCAGGCUUCCAGGGUAUCGCCUGCCACAUCUGCUCUGAUCCUUCCAAGCAUGGGGAUCAAUGUGACGAGGAGUGCAAGUGUGUGCAUGGCGUGUGUGACAACCGUCCAGGCAGUGGUGGAGUGUGCCGUGCAGGUUCUUGCUUGAAGGGUUUCUCUGGAGAGAACUGUGACAAACAGGCCACGUCCUGCAACUCCGAAGGUCUCUUGGAACACUGUCACAUACACGCAUACUGCACUCACACUGGACUGCAGACAAAGUGCAUAUGUCGAGAUGGGUACACAGGCGACGGUCAUUCCUGCCGCGAAGUGAAUCCAUGUCUGUUAAACAACAGGGGAGGCUGUGACACUAAUGCCCGGUGUGUGUAUGUGGGUCCGGGCAAUGCGUCAUGUCAGUGCAUCGAAGGUUGGACCGGUGAUGGCAAAGUCUGUGUGGAAAUCAACAACUGUCAGCUGCAGAGUCGAGGAGGCUGCAGCGUCAACGCUGACUGCAACCACGUCGGACCUGGGCAGAGUGACUGCGUCUGCAAAAGCGGUUUCAUGGGCGAUGGAAUUAAGUGUGAUCCCGUUGACCCCUGUCUGACUGGCAACGGAGGCUGCCAUGAACUGGCCAAGUGUGAGCAGAAAGAGAGUGGUACUCACACCUGCACCUGUCCUGACGGCUACACAGGAGAUGGACGCAUCUGCUAUGCAACAGUGCUGGAGGAGAUGGAAAUGAACAUGAAGAUGUACAGAUUUUCCUGGAUGAUGCAGCGAUAUAGACAUCACAGUGAAGACCUGAGUGGGAACGUUACACUUUUGGUGCCGUCCAGAGAAGCCGUUACUAACAUGAGUUUAGCUGAAACCAGCUUCUGGACCAGCAGACACCAUCUUCCUCACUUUGUGCGCGCUCACAUCCUUCAGGGGAUCUACUCGCUGGAAGAUUUGGAGCGAAUGGUCGGCAAAAGUGUGUCGUCUCUCAACAAUGACUGGGAGAUCCGUAACAUCAGUGGGAGGAUAUACGUCGGAAACGCUUCCAUCAUCACCCAAAAUCUGCCCGCGACCAACGGCUACCUCCACAUCAUGGACAAGGUGAUGACACCGCCCCGCUCAGGUGUACCGCCAGAGCCUGCAACACUGAUGGCCUUCCUAAACAUGUCCUCCAACUUCACUCUGUUCCGGAAGUACGCGCUGAUGUACAACCUGUCAGGAGAGCUUGCUGAGUCGGAAUACACGCUUCUGCUGCCAACAGAUGGGGCCAUUCGCCAGCACCUGACAGACACCAACUCAUCCCUCCUGGGUGCUGAUGUGCUCAAGUACCAUGUGAUUUCCAACGAGCUCCUCUUCCCUGAUAAAAUUUCCCACGGCACACUGAAGAGCACUCUGCUGGGCAAGGACUACCAAGUCCAGUUUCACAUCGACAGCAAGAACCAGACUGCUGUGAACGAUGUUCCGCUUGAUGGCAGCUUCAUGGAGACGCAGUUCGGCCUGGUCAUGUUUGUCCAUCAAGUUCUCAAAGUCCAGCGCAACAGAUGCAGCCAGACGGUCCGCCUGGAAACCAACGGACGGUGUACCGAUUGCCAGGGUCCUCCCCGCUGCAUUUAUGGCCAAAAACCAAUCAAGGAACAGUUUUCACCUCAAAUGAAGUCCAACUGCAGAUAUAGAAAAAGGGUCGGAACAAGAAGGAAGUGGGCACCUGGAUGUGUAAUCCCAUGUCUCAAGGUCACAACGGAUAUGUCCUGUUGCCCUGGUUACUAUGGUCACGAGUGCUUCAAAUGCCCUGGAGAAGUUGGCAGCUGGUGCUCCAAUCAUGGGGAGUGUCAGGACGGUAACCAUGGCAACGGAGAGUGUCGCUGCUUCGAGGGCUUCCAUGGCACUGUGUGCGAGGACUGUGAACCGGGACGAUACGGCGUCAACUGCUCUUCAAAGUGCACAUGUGACCAUGGGAAAUGUAGCGAUGGCUUGUCUGGAAGCGGCAAAUGUGAAUGUUACAAAGGUUGGAAAGGAAAAACCUGCUCGAUAGAAAUCAAGGAUGAUGCCUGUGGUGGAUCAUGUGAUGAGAACGCCAACUGUAUAACAGACCCGAAAGGCACUUCUGCUGUCUGCUUAUGUGUGGCUGGCUAUGAAGGAAAUGGAACGUUCUGUAAAGAGUUGGAUUUGUGCAGCAGAUCUAAUGGCGGAUGCUCCCAGUUUGCCAACUGCACAAAAAUCUCCGCAGGAGAGAGAACCUGCACUUGUCACAAGGACUACACUGGUGAUGGAGUCGUCUGCCUGGAGGUGGAUGGAUGUCUGGUCAACAAUGGAGGCUGCCAUAGCUCAGCCGAGUGCAUCAGAACUGGACCCAACAUGGUGGCCUGCAGGUGUCUGGAGGGUUUCCAAGGAUCUGGAAAAUUUUGUUUCCCGGUCAACCCCUGCAACAAAAACAAUGGAGGCUGCAGCACUUUCGGCCGCUGCGAGUACCUGGGUCAAGGGAAGAGGAACUGCUCCUGCUUCAGAGGCUAUGUGGGGGACGGCUUCAUUUGCCGCGGCAACACCAGAUCCGAAGUGUUUCGCGCUCCUGAGAACAACUUCUUCCGUCAGAUGUUUACUCUGGGAGCUUCUCGUGGUCUCAGUGGAGACGGACCGUACACUGUCUUCGUCCCUAUCGUUGGACAAAACACCUCAAUUCUUUCUCGCUGGCAUAAGGCCUUUCGUCAUGAGGAUCUGGCGGCCUACCACAUUGUGUCCUGCGAGGCUUUAACCGCGGCUGAUCUUGGGAGUAUGGACCGCGUGAUCACGACUUCAGGGUAUCCGCUAUACUUCAGUCUGCAUCAGGGAACAGUCUGGAUCAACAACCGAACAGCAAAGAUUGUACAAAGUGAUUUGAAAACAAGCAACGGAAUCAUUCAAUACAUUGACUCCGUGUUGACGCCCUACAACCUGGAGGACAAACCAGAGAUGAAACCAGACGUGAAAAUGAACUUCACAGAUGCUGUUAAGAUAUAUGGCUACAGUCGCUUCGCCAAGCUUGUUGAGGAUGCAGGUUUGCUCCCCAUCAUCAACAUGAAGAUCCACCAGCCGUUCACUAUGUUCUGGCCCACUGACCGCGCUCUCAGCUCUCUGCCCGCCGAGAGACAGCACUGGCUCGCCAACCCAGAGCACCAGGAGCAGCUGGCCGCCCUCGUGAAGUCUCACAUGAUCCGCUACGCCAAGAUCUAUAUCAAUAGUCCCCGACGCGUUCCCAUUACGUACCGCUCAAUGCACGGAUCCAGCAUCAGUAUGACCUGUGACAAGAAUCAAGUGGGCGGAGUAAUCCUAAACGACAAUGAGGCCCGGCUCGUCGAGCGCCUUAUGACCUUUAAAGAAGGCAUUGCAUAUGGAAUUGACCACCUCCUGGAGCCCCCCGGCCUGGGAGCCUUCUGCGACACCUUCGUGAACAAAACCACUUAUGGACGUUGUGGAAGUUGCAUCGUUAUUCCUCCGUGCCCAAUUCAACAUCAAUACACAGGAGACGAUGAGCCCUGCGUGAACCCUCGCUACAGACACUCCAUGAAUUGGUACAGUCAUUUCCCUUCACUCCGGAGAGGCUGCAGGAGAGUCUGCUUGUACCCCAGCUGGGAAUUCAAGUGCUGCAAAAACCACUACGGUUCGGGCUGUCAAGUUUGUCCAGGUGGCUUGGAAGCUCCCUGUAGUAACCACGGUGACUGCCAGGAUGGUUACCAUGCUUCCGGCCGAUGCCGAUGCUAUGACGGCUUCACGGGAACAGCGUGCGAACAGUGUGCCUUCGGACACUACGGCCCAAACUGCACAGCUUGCAGCUGUACGCACCGAGGCCGCUGUGAUCAAGGUAUUGAAGGUUCUGGUCAGUGUACCUGCGAUCCAGGCUGGAAGGGAGAUCAAUGCCAGAUUGACAUCGGCUCUAUUCCAGAGGAGUGCCGGCAAUGCCACGCUCAGGCCGACUGUAUACCAGGCACCGGGUGUCAGUGUAGAAACGGCUUUCAGGGAAACGGAACCUCCUGCAGUCCAGAACCACCUCCGGAUCUUUGCGCCUCAUACAACGGCAAUUGUAACGUGAACGCCAACUGCAGCCAGAUAGGGCUGGUCGUGAACUGCACCUGUCAUUCGGGUUACCAAGGAGACGGUCUAAUCUGUGAGCCGAUUAACAGGUGUGUGCAGGAGCCCAAUGGAGGCUGCAGUGACUUUGCGUCCUGCAAGUUCACUGGUCCAAACGAGCGCACGUGCGAGUGCUUCUCGGGAUACGUGGGAAAUGGAGUCCAGUGUCUGGAGAAGCUGGUGCCCCCUGUUGACCGAUGCCUGUCUGAAAACGGGUACUGCGAUCCUGUGGCCACUUGUGAAGACCUUCAUUACUUUGACAGCAAAGCUGGAGUCUUCCACCUGCGUGCUCCGGAGGGGAAGUACAAGAUGAAUUUCACUCAAGCCAGCGCCGCCUGCCAAGCCGCGGGUUCCACACUGGCCACCCUCAAGCAGCUGGGAGACGCACAGCAGUUGGGGAUGCAUCUGUGUGUGGCCGGCUGGAUGGACGAAGGAAAGGUUGGCUAUCCCACCACAUUCCCGUCCAAGAGGUGCGGCGACAACCAUGUUGGAGUGGUGCUGUACCAAGAGCCCGUGGAUCAGAGCAGCAAGUACGACGCCUACUGCUACAGGCUAAAAGACGUGUCAUGCACGUGUCCUCCCGAUUAUGUUGGAGAUGGUGACUACUGCAACGGAGUGUUGACCAGUGUUCUGGCCACAAACAGCAACUUCUCCAUCUUCUACAAGUUCUUGCUGGAUUACAGCGGCUCCUCCAAAGAUGGGCAACAGCUUGUGGAGUUUUUGUCUCAUAGGAAGUCAGAGGUCACGCUGUUUGUUCCUCACAACUCCGGUUUCACCCAGAACCAGUCUCUCUCUGGUCGAGAUCUUGAGUACCACGUCUGGAGUCAUGUCAGACGACCCUACAAGGACCUGAUGCACCAAGAGGUCAUCACAUCUAAGCUAGGAGCAAACCUGACCAUCACCCACGGCAACGAUCAGAACACUAAACUGGUGAACCAGCGGCUGCUGGUGAACUGGGACAUUCCUGCUGUGAACGGGAUCCUGCACGUGAUCACGGGCCCGCUGAGCGCUCCUCCCCCACCGAUGUCUCCUCACGGUGCCCGUGGCCAGGCCCACUCCAGUGGCACAGUGUCGGCCAUCUUGGUGUCAGUGCUCCUGUUGUGUGUGUUGUGUGCACUCGGCUACUACAUCUUCAAGCAGAAGACCAGCGACUUCCGUUUCCAAUACUUCAAGAACGACGAUGAAGACGUCCCAUCCAGCAAACCGAAGAAGCCCACACUGGUCUCCAUCCCCAACCCUCUGUACAGCGGGGCCAGAGCCUUCAAUGAACCCUUCGCUGACACCGGUGAAAGUGCUGAAGCUACAGAAUCAGAGGAGCCGCCGAAUCUUCUGAAUCUCAACGAGUGAGACUUUAUUCACCAGAGGUUUUUCUAUUUUUUCUAAUCAGCUUUAAUCAGUAUUCAAAUAAAAAAAAAUUGUGCGUCA